GUAUAUGAUAGUAUAGUUGUUAUACACACACACAGUGUAUAUCGUAUAUAAUACUAAUAAAUGACUGAAUAUAAGUGUAAAUAUAAUUUAAUAUAUUGUUUGAUUGAAUCCUAAAUAUAAAAAAAAAAAUAAAAAUAAUUUUUGUUUGUUUGUGUGUGUAAUAUAUAUAUAUAUAUCAUAUAAACUGUAUAUCAAUUGGACUAUUAAUUACACUAAAACAUCAAUCGGUUUAUUGUAUUAUAACAAAAAAAAUUGAUUUUUGUUUUUUUUUUGACUAUCAAUUUGAUUGCAUUGAUAUCACAUCCCAAACACAUCCCAAGUGUCAGUGAAGUUGACAGACAAUAGUUGGUAUAUAUAUCAUAGUAGUGAUGGCAGUACUUACCAGAAGAAUAAUCAAAGAAACACAGCGACUGAUGGCCGAACCAGUGCCGGGCAUAUCGGCCAUUCCCGAUGAAAGCAAUGCCCGAUAUUUUCAUGUAGUGGUUGCCGGACCUGAAGAGUCGCCAUUCGAAGGCGGAGUCUUCAAACUGGAACUGUUUCUUCCUGAAGAGUACCCGAUGUCGGCACCGAAGGUCAGAUUCAUGACAAAGAUAUACCAUCCGAACAUCGAUAAGUUGGGCCGAAUCUGUUUGGAUAUACUUAAGGACAAGUGGAGUCCGGCUCUACAGAUCCGUACUGUAUUGCUGUCCAUUCAGGCACUGCUGUCGGCACCGAAUCCCGACGAUCCGCUGGCCAACGAUGUGGCCGAACAAUGGAAAGUCAACGAAAGCGAAGCCAUCAGAACUGCGCGUGAUUGGACCCGAUUGUAUGCAAUGAACAGUUAUGGACAAUGAUGGACAACAACAACAUCGGGAUUAUGUGAAGACUAUAAUAAUAAUAAUAAUAAAAAUAAAUAAUAAUAAUAAUA